AUGGUGUCUCCUCUCAGUAUACGGGAUCGCCGUCAAGUCUGUGCCGAGUUCGGAAUGUGUGUGACUGCGUCUGUGCUGCCGCAGAUACAAUUCAGAAUGGACUGCUUGAAAUCGCCCCAAGUCGAAAAGGCGCAAAUUUGUAUUCGCUGGAAGAACAGAGAGACAGAGGAGAAGAAGAAGAGGAAAAAAUUGGCAGAGACUGGCGAGACGCGCGCACACUUUCUUCCUCGUUCGUUUGCUCUGCUGCAGUGCUGUGAGGCGAACGAGUCGCGUGUCGUCGUUGGCUCAGACACUACCACCAUCUCAUUCCCCACCGCCUUCUCUGCUACUUCCUUUUGCAGCUUCCUCAACAAAGGCGGAAUUCGUGUUCGACUCAUCCCAAAGUCGAUACCCAAGUUUUCCCCCUUUGCUGCACCCCAUCGGCUUCCUAGUGUUCGAAGUUCUUCUUGCAAAGAAAGAACCGGCUAG